AUGAAUAUGUUAAUUUUAAAUGAUAAACAAAAAGAUUAUAUCAACAAGAUUUCAGCAUUUAUACUUUUAAAUAUAAUCAAUCAUGUGACAGAGAAUGUAGAUCUGGUGUGUCUAUUGUUGACUUGUAAAAGAUUAUUCAACUUUUCAACUGUCAACAAAUAUCACCAACUAUCAUUUAAACCUUUUGAAUUCAAGGGACCAUUGUUAUCAGACAAGUGCCAAGAACCAAUCAAAUUUUUCACUAUUCCGUUCCUCCAUCUUGGAUCUUUCUCUAGAAUGUAUACAAAUGCAUUUUCAGAUACAAUGAUUUUAUCAAACAAAGAGAAUAUCAAAGACAAGGAAAAGAUUGCCCAAAUACAAAUAAUCAAAGUAUCACCAAAAAUUGAUGAGAAAUCAAAGAAACUUCCAGAGACUAUUGAAAAGAUUGAAUUCCAUUGCACCAACAAUGUCGAUUUUAAAAUAGAUCCAAGUCACCUGGGAAUAGACAAGCUCACCUCUCUCAAAAUUUUAAAGUCAUACUGCAUCGAAGAGAAAAUGGGUACUAUCUAUUGCUCGUUACCAACUAGUUUGACUCAUCUCAGUUUGCAUUUGGAACGUAUACCAUCACCUACCUACUUUAAACCACUCAUAAAUUUGGUUCAUCUCUUUCUUUUAAUUUUGGGUUGGCCAAACCAACCCGAUGAGAUGUAUCUAGAGAUUGAAAAUCUUGUCAAUCUAAAGAUAUUGAAAAUAGGGAUGAUUGAUUCCGUCGACUCAUCCAAAAUUCAUCUAUCUCCCAAUCUUUUGGAAUAUACCCAACAUUCAGGAGCCAUACCCAACCGAACUACCGAAUACUUUCCACCAACACUAACAAUAUUGGAUUCCUUUUUUGAUGAAAAUGAUUUUACCAAUCUAUCAUUGGGAACACGUUUACCUCAUUUGACAUCACUAUCAAUUCAUACCGAUUCAGUUUUACCUAUGGAUUUUAUUCCAGCCAGAUUAAAGACACUUAGAAUCUUUUCAAAAUAUGGGAAAGUGAUCAAAGGUAGAAUUCCAGAUAGUGUCGAGCCACUCUACUCCAAUACUCCAAUCUCACUUCCAAGAAAUUUAGAAGAGUUUUCUUUCGUCUCCGAUUGUAAUCAAAACAUAUCUCCCUCUGUAGAAUUUAUUUACCCUCCCACUUUAAUAUCGAUUGAAUUUGGUAGAAUCUCAAAUCAAGAGAUUCCAUCAGUAAAUGAAUUCAAGUAUAUCCCAUCUAAAUUUACCACUUUUAACAAAGCAAAUGUUUAUUCUAUUGUUGAUGGUGAAGGUUUUAUAUUACCAUUGUCUAUUACUAAAAUUACGGUAAAGAUCGAAUUCGAUCCAUUAAAUAGUGAAUUUUUUAUAUUUCGAUUGGACCAUUUAAUCAAUCAGACUAAUAUCGAUCAACUCGUCAUUGAUAUUACAAGAACCAAUUUCCAAGUUGAUAUUCGUAGACUAGAUCCAGAAAACAAUAAUAUUGGUUGUUGUAUCACCGAAGUAAUUGGAGGAUGGCCAAGUAUGAAAUUAUCAAAUCUAUCAUCAGUCACCUCAUUAGAUGUUUUUAGACCAAUCAAUAUUGGACCAUUGUCAGAGAAAUUUUUCCCAAUCAAUCUCAAAGAAUUGACCUUUUAUUUUUGGACAGAAAAAUAUUAUAAACCAUGGAUACUCUAUUCAACUACCAUUGAAUCUUGA